AUGAAGUGGGGCAUCUGCCGUCUCAUUCCAGACACCAGCUCCCUUUGCUGUCCCUGCCUCCUGACGGCUGAGCAGAGCUUGCACCUUCACAGUCUCAGAGGACACUUCUGGGAUGUCUGCGCCAGAGGCAAAGGCAAAGAACUCAGCUGUCAGAUCGCCAGGGAAGCCAGGGUGAAAGCUGCCAGCGUCACCCUGAAGCUACAGGGUAUCCCUGGCACCGUCUACAGUGAGAUCUCCAACAACACGUCGGGCAGGGAGGGUCCCAGCCAGAGGACACAAGUAGACCGGUCGUCUAUCCCACCACAGGUGACAUCUGGGAACCCACUGUCCACCGAGACUGACGGAAGACGGGUGCGGGUCACCACUACGAGUGCGCGUAUGGAGUUGGUAAUUCCAGUGGUGCUGCUGGGAGUCUUUAUACUUGGUGUCAGGGUUCUCAUUCUGUGGUCCAUCGCAGAAUGUGUGUGGCUGUUCACGGUCGUAUCGGCUGCUCGUAAUUACGGCCCCUGUAAGUUCAUUCCAAACACUGGCUUCCUCAGCUGUCCCUGCACAAUGUCCUGGUCCCAGAUCCUGCGGCUUCACAACCUCCGACAGUUCCAGGAUACCUGCACCAGAGGCAAAGGCAACGAACUCCACUGUCAGAUCGCCAGGGAAGCCAGGGUGGAAGCUGGCGGUGUCACCCUGAACUACACACGGGGUAUCCCUGGCACCGUCUUCUGUGAGAUCCACAACACAUUGGGCGGGGAGGGUCCCAGCCAGAGGACACAAGUAGACUGGUUGUCUAUCCCACCACAGAUGACAUCUGGGAACCCACUGUCCACUGAAACAGACGGAAGACGGGUGCGGGACAAAACUACGAGUGCGCGUAUGGAGUUGGUAAUUCCAGUGGUGCUGGUGCUGGUAGUCUUAAUUGGUGUCCCGGUUCUCGUUCUGUGGUGGCAACGCGGGAAAAGGUGUCGGAGAAGAUCGGUCGAGAUGGAGACGCACAGGGAGAUCCCACUGUCAGGGUUGAUACCUCAAGCAGCACGUCCAUCAGGUCUCCCCUCAGCUUCCGACACUCCAGAGGAAUCUGCUCCAACCCGUCCAAUCACUCCACAUGACUAAACCCCCACCACCCGAUCCCAACAACAUCAUAGUGUAUCUCCUCGGCUCUCCCUCCAAUGUGACCCCAGCCUUCCUGUAGUGGUACACAGUGAUCCCAGUGCAGUCUGACCAGUAUCUUGUCAAGUUCUAACAUACCAUCCCAGCUUUUCCAUUCCAUCCCCUGAUCUCAGAAGGGAACUGCACUGUACGACUUCUUCACCAUCCUGUCCCACGGUGUAGUUGCUUUCAGGGGUCUCUGGAAUUGUAUCCCACGGACUCUCUGUUCCACACCCCCGGUGUCCCAUCAUAAAUUGUGGAUGUUCUACCAGAAUUUGACAUCCCAGAAUACAUCACCUUGUUCCCACUGGUAUUAAAGUCCAUCUGUCUCUAUCGGCCCAACUUUCCAUCCGAUCUGUAUCCUAGCCAACCUUGUCAAUUCUUAUAGUUACCUCCUUUAAAAAAAAAACACUUGCAGAGGGGAGGAAUUCCCCUGUGGAAAGACGAGCUGAAGGAACUUUAUCUGUGCUGUAUAGUUCUGUGACAUUCCAGCCCAACCUAUUCUGGGUUAGAUUUGAUGGUUCUCCCAGGCGCCCAAUGUAUGGGGGUGGGGGGAUGGACACUAGACCCCUGGGUGUACGUACGUCCCUGGGUCACCUAUGUAAACCCUGGCAUUGGACUGUGUACACUAAGUACAGGCAUUUCACACAGUUCAAACUCUCAUGCGACUAAUUCCUGCCUUUCCCACACCUCUUAGGGAAUUGGAUGUGGGAAUGAUGAAGUGGGUUUUCUGGGAUGUGAACAGCAACUAGCCCUGCCUGCUGAGAGAGGGAUCAGUGUUGUGAAUAUUUAUUGCAGUUGUCUUGUAUUUAUGACAAUAUUAUUUUUAGUGUUCGGCCCAGAGUGAGGGAGUGGGGAAUGGAGAUUGGAAAUGUAAUCAGGAAAUGAUGGAAUCACUCAGCUGGUUAGACAGCAUCUGUGGGGGGGAGACACGGAGUAAACAUUUCCAUUUGAAAACACUCCAUCUGUGAUCCCCCUGACUCGGGGAAGCUGCCAGCAAACUGAAAGACGUCGUUCAUCCUGGUAGUUCUGUUGGACAAUGAAGGUGAUUUCUUGAUAACCUUCCCAACCCUCCACAACACCACCAAAGUCUUAGCACAAACCUGCCAAUCAUACCUGCAACCUUCACAAAUCAGUUGGUAACAAAUCACACAUUUGGUACCCUGUGGUAAACCACAGGUCAGACAUUAAUCAGACAAGUAUCCUCCCACCACGACAUUCAAACUCUGAUCAGCAGCCAUGUUGGAUCCAAUUAUCUGGCUCACUUUGGACUCCACGUGCCUUCCAGACCAGUCCUCCAUAAUCAAAGAUUUUACUAAAGUUUAGGUAGAUAACAUCUACCUCACUCCCCUUAUUGAUCCUUUUAUUUACGUAGAACAUAGAAUAAUACAGCACUUUACAGGCCCAUUGGCCCACAAGGUUGUGCCAACCCUCAAACCCUGCCUCCCAUAUAACCCCCUGCCUUAAAAAACCUUACCACCUUAAAAAGCUCAGGCCAAUUAGAUGGACAGGAAUUAACUCUACAAAGAUGAGCUGAAGUGCCUGUAUCUGGGAACUUCUGUGACUUUCCCAGCCAAAGGCCAGUCGGAUCCACGAUUAUCCCUUGUAAAUUGCACAUCUCCCAGGUGUGCCAUGUAUAAGGGAAUCUGCAGACCCCUGGGUGGGUAUGCAGCUCUGGGUCAGUUCUGCAAGCCCAGGUGUGGGAUUUGCACACAGUCCGGGAUCUCCUGGAAGUAAUUCCUGCCUCUUUCCCAAAUCUGUGGGAAUGACGGAUGUAGUUUUCUGGGACGUGAACAGAAGCUACCCCUGAUGUGAGAGAGAUCGGUGUUAUAAAUAUUAAUUUCAGUAUUUAUGGUUAUAAAUUAUUCUUGUAUUUAUGACAAUACGUUAUUAAAGUGUUCAGCCUGGAGUUAGUUACUGUGCAAAGAGAUUGGGAAUAGAAUCAGGCAAUGGUGGAAAUGAGGGGUGGUGAACCUUUUUGAUCACUUGUGCCAAAAAGGGGAGUGAUUUUCCAAAGAGAAUUCUCUUGUGUGGACGUUCCAGGCCAAUCUAUUCCGGGUUGGAAAUGACGGUUCUCCCAGGCAUCCAGUGUAUUGGGGGGGGGGGGCAAAAAGGGGAGUAAUGUUCUAAAGAGAACUCUC